AUGGUCGGAAAGGUGGUCGUGUCGGGAUUAUCCCUUAUUCUCGUGGUCGGUGUAGCUCUGGCCGUUGUUGCUACGGUAAACAAAAGCAAUAGUUCUAAUGCUGCAUUGGAGUCCCCAAAGAUGAAGGCAAUCUCAACCAUUUGUUCUACUUCGGAUUAUCAAGAAGAAUGCAAAAAUACACUUAGCAAUGUUGCUCAUAAUGCCACUUCAAAUGACCCCAAAGAUUAUGCUAAAGCGGCAGUUCUUGCCACUAUCGAGGAGAUUACAAAGGGCUACAACUUCUCUGAUACCCUUAUGGUGGAGGCUGCUAACAAUGCCUCCACCAAAAUGAGUGUCGAAGAUUGCAAGGAUUUAUUACAGUUUGCCAUUGAUGAGUUGCAGGAAUCUUACUCCGCCAUCGGAGACUCUGAUUUGCACACCGACACAGAUCGUGUUGCUGAUAUAAACAAUUGGCUUAGCGCCGUCAUUUCUUAUCAGCAAUCUUGCCUCGAUGGACUUGAAGAAUUUAAUCCCCAACUCAAACAAAAGAUGCAAGACAAUCUCAGUGUUGCUAGCAAGCUUACCAGCAAUGCUCUUGCUGUUGUCAGUGCAGUUUCCAAUAUUCUCGAUAACUACCGCUUGCAAUUGAAGCAGGUCCAACCAAAUGGUCGCAGGCUUCUUGGAACAACAGAAGUAGGGAGUGACGGUUUCCCAAUAUGGUUGUCUGGGGCAGACAGGAAGUUGCUUGCAGCCAGAGGAAGAGGCGGCCGAGCGAGGCCAAACGCAGUGGUGGCUAAGGACGGUAGUGGGCAAUACAAGAGCAUUGCUGCUGCAUUAGCUGCAUACCCAAAGGCCCUAAAAGGAAGAUAUGUAAUCUACGUGAAAGCAGGGAUCUAUGAUGAACACAUCAUUGUAACUAAAGACAUGAAAAACGUUUUCAUGUAUGGAGAUGGCCCAAGAAAAACCAUUGUCACUGGUCGAAAGAACAACCGUGAUGGCUUCACCACCCAAAACACUGCCUCUUUCGCUGCCUUAGGAAACGGAUUCCUCUGCAAAUCCAUGGGAUUCACCAACACAGCUGGCCCUGAAGGCCACCAAGCAGUAGCUCUAAGAGUUCAAUCCGACAGAUCUGCUUUCUUCAAUUGCAGAAUGGACGGUCACCAAGACACUCUUUAUGCACAAACCCAUCGUCAAUUCUACCGCAACUGUGUCAUAUCCGGCACCGUAGACUUCAUCUUCGGCGACUCAACCACCUUAAUCCAAAACUCCUUAAUCAUCGUUCGUCGCCCAAUGGACAACCAACAGAACACUGUCACGGCCCAAGGUCGCGACCUGCAAAAACAAAUCACCGGCCUAGUGAUCCACAACUGCAGAAUCGUCCCAGAACAGAAGCUAUUCGCUGAGAGGUUCAAGAUUCCAACAUUCUUGGGACGCCCAUGGAAACAAUACGCGAGGACCGUGAUCAUGGAGACGACAUUGGGCGACUUCAUUCAGCCGGCUGGAUACAUGCCAUGGUCUGGAAAUUUUGCAUUGGAGACUUGUUUGUAUUUGGAGUAUGGAAACAGAGGACCUGGGGCUAACACCAAUAGGAGAGUAAGAUGGAAGGGUGUUAGAGUGAUUGGAAGAAAUGAAGCUUUGCAAUACACUGCUGGGCCGUUUCUUCUUGGAAGAGCUUGGCUUCCAAGCACCGGUGGACCUUACUUCUUGGGAUUGAAGAACUAGAAGAAAGGUGUUUGUUAAUGAAUAAUGUGAUUUAAUUAUCAUCUC